CAUUUUGAUUCUCCGCUUUCCUUUUCUUUUUGAUUCUUUUUCUUUUUCACUUCUUUCCCUCAUUUUCUUUCCCUUUCCCGCUGUUUUUCUCUCUCGUUUUCUUUCAGGUUUUCCUCAAAACUUCUCGUCUGAGCUUAGCUUUUUGUUGCUGCACUUCACAGAUUCUUUGGACCGUACAACAAUGGAGACCGAAACUUCAUCUGUUCAUCAGCGUUUGCUGCUAAGGUGCGCCCGAUGCAUUUCGGCGACGCUGCUUGGCUUCGUGGCCUUGGCCGAGUUGCUUGUUUCGUCUCAGUUCCUGGAUUCGAAUAAGAUGGAUGUCAUCGAUGCAUCUGAGGAGAAGAGGAAAUCCAAAUCUAGGCAAUGUCAGACGACAAAGCCGAUUGAUGGAGAAGAAAAUGAAAAUGAGAAUAAUGACAGUGAUAACGAACUUGGAGAAGAUCAAGAUGUGCUUGAAAACGGAGAAGAAGAAGAAGGUAAAAAUGCUCCAACUAAAGAUGGUGCUAAUGGAGGGGAUGGUGCUAGCAAUGAUAAUGGCGACGGUGGAAUUGAAAACAGUGGUGAGGGUGGUGAUGACGAAGAAGAUAAUGAUGAUGGUGGGAGUGAUGAGAACAAUGAAGAUAAUAACGAAGAUAAUAAUGAAGAUGACGAAGACAUAGACGAAGAAGAUGCAGAGGAAGACCACUUUGAAGGAGACGACGAUGAAGAAACCCUUCCCCCACCAAAGAAGAGAAAGAAGUAAAACAGUGAUCAAGAAAUAUGCUAACUGUGAAAGCACUUUCUAAUUAAUCAUCUUUCAAAACUACUAAUGAGACUGCUUCCAAUUGUAAGUUUUGGAGACUAAAAGCUCUCAAGACAUGGCUGAGCCAAUUUGACCUAAACAAAGCAAUCGCUAUCUAGUGUCAUAGCGUUUGUAUGCUGAUGUUUUAUAUGAAAGUUCCUUCGUUCAAUUUAAAAAGAACUACUAAAACAGUUCUACA